UGCUGGCCCUGUGCGAUCUGGCAGGUGUCGAGGGUGGAGUGGCCUCUCCCCCGCGACUCAAGGGCUCGUCGCCCUCCUCCUCCUGCACCAGCUGCUGGAGCUCCCCGCACCCAGCCUCCUCAUUCAUCAUCUCCGAAAAGAGAAAAAAAAAUCACAACAAACCUUAAAACAAUAGACCGAAUAGACCCCAACUGGACCGCGAAGUGAACCCCCUUGACCUCAUCUAUUGACCUGUCACGUAUUUGAGGUUAUGCUCCCCCCAAAAAGCCUGCGCAAUUCUACCCCAGUUUGACCCCCUGUCCACCGAAAAAUCAUCAGCACGUCAACUCAUCCCCCAAAACAAUUAAAUCAGAAGUUGAAAGGAGAAUUUUGGUGAUUCACCCAAUGUUUUCGUGUUUUAUUAUUGAUAGUAUGGACAGGAUCACGAGUUUUAUGGCAUCAGCUGUUAAUGGGGACGGGAGAUACGUCAGAAAUUGACUGGCAGAUGGCCAGCGAGAGAAUUCUACGUCAAAAUCACUCCGAAAGUCAUAAAAAAGGUGAGAUUGAUGAUCCCAUGGGUGCGAGAGCAGAUAGCGGAGGCCUGGCAUAGCAGAAAGAGCUCAAGGACAACCGAAAGGGGGUCCUCGGCUCUUUCUACGCCUGGAAGUGAAAGAAAGAGUGACACGACUGUGUUUAUUGCCCCUUCUACCUCAGCGGAUACAUUCAACGUCAAUGUGAUAAGCCUAGAAGGCGAAAUCCUCCAAAUACCAUCAAAACCGGACUACACGAUCGAGAAACUCAAGUCAAUCGCGACAAGGCACUUCUACGGGGCCGAUGGCUCCCAUCCCCCCUCUACCCUCCGCCUAAUCCACCCACAUGACCUAAAGCCCCUCCUCGACACGAAACAACUCUCCGAAGAAGAGAUAAAACCUUCCGACAACCUCCUCCUGACCGAAAUCCGUCCUUCACCCCCAAAAGACCCUCCGGAGGACGUUCUGAAGGGCCCGACCCUCGAGGCGAUAUCUAAAGCAACAGCCCACCUCCCAUCACCAGUCCCUCCGAGACCCUCCCCCUCCACGGACUGUCCCGCCGACUUCCAAACGGAAAUUCGAAAGAUCCUGAUAACCCUCGUCCAGGCGUCCGCGAGAAUUCUCAGUCACUCCCCUGAGGCCCCAAAGCUCUCCGAAAUCAUCCGGGAGAAAUUGGAGCUCAGGUCCCAACCCCCGAACGACCCGAAAACUAUCAAAUAUCUGAUGGACAUUGGAUUCCCUGAAAAGCAGGUGCUUAAGGCCCUGAAACUCAAGAAAAUGAACACCUCCGAGGCCCUGGAUUGGUUGAUAGACCAUCAGGAGGAGGAGGGGGAAGAAGAGGAAGAGCUAGGGUUUCCCCCACUCCUGGAGGACCCACCAGAGGACCCACAAGCGGGGCCCGGUGGGUCAGGCCCCUCGUCGGAGCGACGGAAAUCCUUCAAAUCCGGCUUCUCAGACUUUUUCAAAGUUAAAACACCGGAGGGCCAGAAGGAGAACCUCGUGACCCUAGUGGGCAUCCUACUCCAGAGUUUCAGUCAGUACAAACGACUGGAGUUCAGGCCCAGCUCCAGGAUCAAGGAGAGCCUGGUUGAAAUGGGAUUCGAGGAGAAGAAAGUCGUGGAAACCCUCAAGAUCACAGGGAAUAAUCAAAACAAUGCCUGUGAGUGGUUGCUGGGGGCCCGGAGGCGGAGCUUACAGGAUUUGGACGAGGGCCUGGAGGAGGGGGGACCCAUAUAUCAGGCUAUUAUGAGGAAUCCACAUAUACAGUUGAGCUUGACAAAUCCAAAGAUGAUGAUGGCGUAUUUAUCGAUAUUGGAGACACCAUCGUCUACUAGUAUUUGGAUCAAUGAUCCAGAAGUCUCACCGGUGUUGAGUCAGAUAUUUAAGACUUAUCACUCGGAGAAACAUGCCAUUCAUAUGAAUCGGUAUGAGAAUAGCUAGC